AUGAUUGAGUAUCUCCUUUCAAUGGAUUCAGACAACCCCAAAUUGAUAAGACACUAAUUUCUCAUAAGUGAAAUUUUGAGUUACGAUAUUUCAAUUUUAGUUGAUUAUCUAUUCGAACCAGAACCCAACAUCCCAAAUUAUCAGGUUCAAGAAGAAUAACGUCAAUAACUUCUCCCUCUUUUAUUUCAACCAUUCCAAGCAGAUUAUCUUAAUUAUACCUAAGUAGGAUAUCUGACCAAAAUCUUUGAAUCCAUCAUAAGGAAGAGGGGUAACAGCUUAUGGAGUUGGUUUGAUAAUAAUUAAUGCGUAUUGGAUCAAUUGAUUAAGCAUCUAGAUGUCUAUCAUGUGGCAUCAAUACUCUCCCACUUAAUCACCUCCGAAUCCACAAGUCAAGACUUAAAAUCUAAUCAACACACCACCAAAAGAAUUCAAUUGCUUCUCAGACUUCACAAAAUAUUGCUCAAUAAAGUCCAUAAUUAUGAAAUUGUACAUAAUUGUUCAGAACUAUUAGUCUAAGUUUGUACUACAACCUAACAGUUUAUAUAGUAUUUUGAUCACCCAGAACACUUCUAUAAAGCAGCAUGUGAUUCCUAAUUUGUUGAGUUUUUGAAUAUAAUUAUAGCGCUUUUGUAAUGUCAGCCAUCAGAUGAGGAAUAUCAUCAUUCUAAGUAUUACUCUAUAGCUCUACAUCUACAUAGAUCAUUCUCUAAUGAGUACAUGAAUUUCGCUUUUAAUUCAACUUUGGGUGAAAUCUCAACAACACUUGGGCAAUUCAAAUUAAGUCUUUUGACUAUAUAUCAUUUGCUCUUAAAAACAGAAAAUUCAAAUUUAUUAAAUUUAAUACAUCAUGUGGAGAUCUAUCAAACCUUGUUCAAAUACAUUAUUAAAUUUGAAUUUAACAACUAACUUUAAAUAUAAUUCAAUGAAAUCACUAGAUUUAUUUUCAAAACUAGAUCCUUAAAUUGGAUUUAAGAUCAAAUACAAAAAGAUUUAUUUGAAUUCAUUUCCACUCACAACACAUAAACCAAAUCAAUUAUAGGAAAAAUUAAAUAUCCUAUAAAUAGAGGAUAUUUUGGAAUCUUAUCUUAGCUUUCAUAUGAAUUAGAACACAUUAUUUACGAGUCACCAAAUUGGAAUUAGUAUAAAGAGAAUACCUUGCAAUAGCUUAAAAAUAUUGAGUAAAAUUACUAUUUCGAUUUUAAUCCUAAAAGUAACGAGGUUGAAUAGAUAUCAAUUAGCAUUAAGGAGAAUUUGCAAUAGGUAUCUCAGUGUAAGCCUGAUUCUAUUGAGGUCGAGUUUAACAAUAAAUAACACAACAGUGAUCUUGAGUAAAUUCUAUAAGCCAAAAUUAGGAUCAGCUUUCCUAUAAAAACUUUGCUAUCAUUUUCAGAUAUGAGUUCUAAGGGAGUCGCUCUAUAAACUGCUUAUUAUAAUGGAAGCAAUGCAGAACCAUCAGAUUUAGAAUUGGAUUCCUUCAAUGUAACUGAAUUAAAAAAGAAAAAGAUCUGCAAUUCUUAGAAUGAGUAUUUGAAAGAAAGCAUUAACUCCAAUCCUAAAUAAUUAAAUGAGGAUCAGAAUGCUACUGAUGAAAUCGGUAUGAAUUCAAUUCAUCAAAAAAAAAUUUGA